CACCUUCUGGAAGUACCCCGUCCCCGCACUUCCUCAUAUGAGGCUCAGCCCGAAUGGCGGUGACGACAACGCGUUGGUGUUCCAGUUCUUUACUUGGGACUGCAGCCACCCCCAGAUGAGCUGGUGGAGACACUUUGAGAGUGAAGUACCCAACUUGGCGGCACUGGGCGUUACCCAGGUGUGGCUCCCACCUCCGAAUAAAGCUAUGAGAAAGGAAGGGCAAGGUUAUGACGCAUAUGACUUGUGGGAUCUAGGAGAGUUCUACCAGAAAGGGACCAUCGCGACAAGAUGGGGAACCAAAGAGGAACUCGUUAGAGCCGUAGCAGCGGCGAAAGCUCAUGGCAUAGACGUCCUCAUAGAUGCCAUUCUGAACCAUAAACUAGGUGCAGACAGGCCAGAGAAGUUCACAGCUGUUGCUGUUGAUCCAAACAAUCGCCUGAAGGACAUUGCCCCGGAGCGCGAGAUGGAGGGCUGGACAGCAUUCGACUUCCUUGGAAGAGGCGACAAGUACAGCAGCUUCAAAUGGACGCACCAGCACUUCACAGGACUUGAUUGGGAUCACCGGACUCGCACGAAGGGUGUAUUUCGUAUCACAGGCCCAGGGCAUCAAGGGUGGUCACGGUGGGUCGACACGGAGCUAGGGAACUACGACUACCUUCUCGGAAUAGAUAUCGACCAUAGACAUCCCGAUGUGCGCAAUGAUAUCUUCACGUGGGGCAGCUGGGUGCUAGAGACUACCGGUGGUGCGGGGUUCCGCUUCGACGCCAUCAAACAUAUGGAUCGUCGGUUCCUACUUCAGUUUAUCAAGCAUGUUCGUGAGACCUCAGAUCGGCCUGACCUGUUCUCUGUCGCUGAGUAUUGGUCGGGCAACAUCGACCUCAUCAAGCCGUACAUUCGAGCAUUUGAAGGACUUGUUACAUUCUUUGAUGUCCCCCUCCACUACAAUCUGCACGAUGCGAGCAAAGCAGGCUCUCGGUACGACCUUAGGAAGAUCCUCGACCGCACAGUCCUCAAGUAUCGGCCUGGUGACGCAGUGACCUUCGUCGACAAUCACGACACGCAAAUCGGACAAACACUGGAGAGUUGGGUCGGAAGCGCAUUCAAGCUGCAGGCGUACGCGCUCAUCCUUCUCUAUGGCGAUGGCCACCCGUGCGUCUUCUACGGGGACACGUACCCGAACCAGGAGUGCUACGACGAGCGCGUGGCGCAGGGCGUGCGGCAGCUGAUGGACGUCCGGCGGAAGUUCGCGUACGGGUCUCGUGCGGACUACUUUCAGGAGGCGAAUUGCGUCGGCUUUGCGCGGCGGGGCGAUGUGCGGCGGGGCGACGCGCGUGGGAGCUGCGCCGUGCUGAUCAGCAACGCUGACCGUCCGAGUGAGCAGGAGAGUGAUGAUACAGAUGCAGAACCGACAGAAGUCCCGGUGCACACGAUUCGGAUGGACAUGACCUUGGUCAAUGUUGACGUCCAGUACCGGUCCUUGUUCGAGCCGAAGGACCAAAUUGUCCGCGUCGAUGCGCAUGGGUGGGCCACGUUCACCUGUCCCCACGGCGGGCUGCAGGUCUGGGUAAGGGAUGACGUGCAGAGCUAGUAUACAUUGCGGACGAUAUCAUGACAAUUGGUACAACAACAACAGUACGAUGCACAAUCCGAUGGUCCCUAGUAAGUACAAUGCCGAGACCAUGGUAUAUAAAGACGCAGAACGUCCCC